AUGUACUACAGCUACAAAUCACCCAUUCAAGCCCAAGCUUGGCGGUCGUAUCUCGUCUUUGUCGACAUCACUGCUAUAAUCAGCACUUAUCAAUAUGACCACGGCUCGCUUCUCUGGCGCAUUUACUACACCAUCGACGCCGUUUCGUUUCUUCUGGAUCCGACUUCCUGCGCGCUCAAAGUGAAGAAGAAGCUGGAAGAUGGCAGAGAGGUUACUGUGAAGAAGCCUAUCUUUGCAUUUAAGGGAUUUGAGAAGACGACUGAGACGUUUCCGGGUGCUACUGACAGCCCCCUCCUUGGCAAGUGGAGCUUUGAGAGAGCCUACUUUCGCUUCUGA